AUGUGUAAAAAAUUGCAAAAUUCUGCCAAAACUAAAGCCGAAAUUCGGUACAGCCCUAUAACGAUAAUUGAGGAGGAGCGUAAAAAGAAAGAAGAAGAAGAAAGACAGAGGAAAAAAGAAGAGGAAGAGCGAUUACGAAGGGAAGAAGAGGAAAGGAAAAGGAGGGAGGAGGAGGAAGAGAGAAAACGAAAGGAAGAAGAAGAAAGGAAACGAAAGGAAGAAGAAGAAAGGAAACGGAAGGAAGAAGAGGAAAGGAAACUGAAGGAAGAAGAGGAAAGAAAACGGAGGGAAGAAGAAGAAGAAAGAAAACGAAAAGAAGAAGAAGAAGAAAGAAAACGAAAAGAGGAGGAAGAAAGGAAACGAAAAGAAGAGGAAGAAGAAAGAAAAAGAAAAGAAGAAAAUAUAUAUAAUAAUGUUGAAUUUGGAAAAAAAUAUAAAGACUUAAAACAGCAAAUAGAAGGAGAACAAGAAAAAGUGAAAAAAGCAGAAAAUGAAUUAAGAAUAUUACUUGAAGAACAAGAAAGAAAAGAUGCUGAAUGUAAAAAAAAUGAAAGUGAAAUUGAAGAGAAAUAUGCAACUGAAAUGAAUAAAUCGGAAGAAAAAAUUCAGCAAUUAAGGACAGAACAUGAGAGACUAAUAGAAAUGGAGCGUCAACGAGUGGAAGCAGAAGAAAAAAUAAUUCAAAUUGAGCAGCAGCUUCCUAUAAUAGAAAAGGAAAAGAACAGAACUGAAGAAAAAUUAAUAAAAGAAGAAGAAGAAAACAGAAAACUUGAACAACAACUUGAAGAGGUAAAAGAAGAAAAAAACAAAACUGAGCUGUUGAGAACUGAAGGAGAAAGGGAAAGGAAAGAACUUCAACAAAAACUUGAAAAAAUAGCUAAUGAGAUAAACAAAACAGAACAAUUGCGAGUUGAACACGAAGAACAAAGUAAAAAAUUAGAACAACAACUUAAAGAAGUGGAAGAAAAUAGAACCAAAACUGAAUUAUUACGAUCACAAGAAGAAGAAUUGAAAAACAAACUUGAAGGAAAUCUUAAAGAAGUGAAAGAAAAUAUAACUAUAAUUGAGCAAUUGCGAACGGAAAAAGAAGAGGCAAAAAAAAAGCUAGAAAAACAAUUUCAGGAAACAGAAAAUGAAAAAAAUAAAAGUGAACAGCUACUAACGGAAGAACAAGAAGUAAAGCAGAUAUUUGAACAAAAACAUAAGGAAGCCGAAGAAGAUAAAACAAAACAUCAACAAUUACUAGCAGAACUUGAAGAAGAGAAAAAAAAACUUGAACAACAGCUUAAAGAUAUAGAAGAAGAAAAAAACAAAAAACAACAAUUAUUAACGGAAAAAGCCGAAAUUGGGAAGCUCGCAGACAAAAGCAAGGCUAAAAAGGCUGGAGCCUAG